AUGAAGUCAAUCGCCCGACUCAGUCGCCCCGUCGGCUCCCUCCUGCGAUGUGCCGAGCGCGAAAGGUCCUGCUUUGCUCCCUGGGCUGCGAGGUCAUUCCACAACUCGCACACAAAGCUCGAAGAGCAAAGUAAAGGCGACGCGAAAGAAAACUUGUCUUUUCGAGGACAGCUGUACCAGAGCACCGCAGACAGGUUGAAGCGUGAAAGAGCCUCGGAGGAACAAUAUAUAAAAGCCGCAAGUUCUCGUGGAGGAGGUGCCGGGGGCAGAACACUCAGCCUCAGCUUCGUGAUUCUGUCCGUCGCAGCCGCAGCCUACUACCUUGGGAAGAGGGGAGAACGGCCCUUGGACGCCUCUUCCACGACUCCUCUGCCUCGAGCGCAGCCGCCCCAACAUGAUACUCGAACCUCUAAUUUGCAGGCCGCUUGGGUUGACUUUGCUCAAAUCGUGGGCAAGGAUAACGUCUCAACGGUUCCCGACGACCUCGAAGCGCAUUCUGGUUCCGAAUUUUCUUCCUACACAACGAAACCUAAUGAACGGCCGUUUGCCAUCGUAUACCCCGCAACUACCGAAGAAGUCUCCAAGAUCAUGAAAGUGUGUCAUGAACGAAAGAUCCCCGUCACCGCACUCUCUGGCGGUACCAGUCUCGAAGGCCACUUUGCGCCCACACGAGGAGGAAUAUGUAUCGACAUGGCCAGAAUGGACAAGAUAUUGGAACUGCGAACUCAAGACUUGGAUAUCGUCGUACAACCCGCACUGGGCUGGGAAGACCUCAAUGAAGAACUAAAGGGACAUGGCAUGUUUUUCCCACCAGAUCCAGGCCCAGGAGCAAAGAUUGGAGGCAUGGUCGGCACAGGCUGUUCCGGAACAAAUGCGUACCGAUAUGGCACCAUGCGCGACUGGGUCGUCUCUCUUACGGUCGUUCUCGCCGACGGCACCAUCAUCAAGACACGAAGGAGACCCCGCAAAUCUAGCGCUGGCUACAACCUGACUCAGAUGUUCAUCGGCAGCGAAGGCACUCUAGGCAUUGUUACCGAAGCCACCUUGAAGAUCACGGUCCUCCCGAAAAGCCAGUCUGUUGCCGUUGCGACCUUUCCCACCAUCCAUUCUGCAGCGGAGUGUGUUGCGAGAGUUGUUGGCGAAGGUAUCCAGCUUGCGGGAAUGGAGAUCUUGGACGAUGUGCAAAUGCGCUGCAUCAACAAAAGCGGUAUGACCAGCAGGCCGUGGCAGGAAGCUCCUACCCUCUUCUUCAAGUUUGCCGGCACACCUGAAGGCGUCAAGGAACAGAUCAAGAUCAUCCGGAACAUCGCCAAAGGGACUAAAAAUCAGAGCUUUGAAUUCGCCAAGAACGACGACGAGGCUGCGGAACUGUGGAGUGCGAGGAAAGAGGCCCUCUGGAGUGUCAUGGCAAUGCGGAAAAACAACAGUGACCAUGUUUGGACUACGGAUGUGGCUGUCCCUAUCAGCAGACUGGCGGACAUCAUUCAAGAAACCCAUGAUGAUGUGGCCAGCAGUGGCUUGAUUGGAGGCAUCUGUGGACAUGUGGGAGAUGGGAACUUCCAUACCAUCCUCCUCUACAAUGACACCGAGAAGAAGACUGCUGAAGACUUGGUCCAUCGGAUGAUCCGCCGUGCCAUCGCCAUGGAGGGGACAGUCACGGGCGAGCAUGGUGUUGGGCUGAAGAAGCGCGAGUACCUGCGCGAAGAGCUCGGGGAAGAAACUGUCGAUGCAAUGCGCAAGCUCAAGCAAGCAUUCGACCCUCUGGGACUCCUCAACUGCGACAAGAUUGUCCAGAUUGAGCAAGGCCAUUGA